AUGACUGGGACUUGGUGCAACUUUGGCGUGUCUUACUCAUCAAGUCAGGUCAUGUGCGAAGUCAACUAUAUUGGGAAAACGCGUCGCUUUGAACGCAUUCAUGAUGUUGUCGAGCCUGUCGAGGAGUAUCGUGCGGGAGGCUACCACCCAGUUCACCUCGAGGACACUUUUCAGCAGAGGUAUCGCAUUGUCGGGAAAUGGGCAUUUGGUCAGUUUUCCACCGUUUGGCUGGCCGAAGACACAAGGCUUCAAAUAUACGUUACGUUGAAGAUUCUCAAAGCGGAUGUCUCAAGUAAUAGCCGAGAGCAUUCUAUUCUUCUUCACUUAGCGAGAGCGGAUGUAUCUCAUCCCGGCAAAAACUACGUGCUGCAAUUAUUGGAUCAAUUUGAGCAUCACGGGCCUAACGGCGUCCACCUUUGUCUCGUGUUCCCCGUCAUGAUGUCAGAUGGCGAGGCAAUGACUGUUCGGGAAACCCCACGUUAUGCAGUUUAUGUUCGCGAGAUUUCGAAACAAAUACUGCUCGGAUUGAAUUAUAUCCACGACCAGGGCCUUAUUCAUGGCGACCUCCAACCAGCCAACAUACUAUUCACCGUGGACUGCGAUUUAUCGAGCGAAUUGAUGACAGAACCCGAAUUCAGUCCUGUUAAUUGGCUUCCAGGAGUUGAAGUGGAUAAUAGUGCCCCACGAUAUCUUCUGUGUUCGCAGCGGCCCCGUGGAAUGCUAGACAAUGCAGCCUUCUCAACGCUUAUAGUCAAGAUUGGUGAUAUGGGCGGAGCUAUGUGGAACACGCAAGAUGGUUCUUCUCCUGUCACACCAAUAGCAUUGAGGGCACCUGAGUUACUCCAACCUUGUUCGUGGAACCAAAAGAUCGAUAUCUGGGCUCUAGGGUGUUUGCCUCUCUUCCCGGUAGAAUCUUUUGGUUGCACGGUUGACGAGGUUCAUGGGAUUUUGCGAUCUCUCAUACACGAGCUAUUUGAGCAUGGGAAUCAAAAAUUUGCUGUCUACAUUAGCGAGAGACUGCCAGCUGAUUUUGGCAAAGAAAAUUCUGAGAAGUUUGCUAAUUUUCUUUGGUCAAUGUUGCAGGAACGUCCGGAAGACCGAGAAUCAGCCGCCGAACUUCUCAGCCACUCAUUUUUAGUUGGAUGA